GCGCCGCCGCAGCGCCCGCCUGCCGCCCGCCGCCCGCGGGGCCAUGCGGAGAGCCGCCGGGAUGGAGGACUUCUCCACAGAGGAAGAGGAGCCCUGGUACGACCAGCAGGACCUGGAACAGGACUUGCACUUGGCCGCAGAGCUGGGGAAGACCCUGCUGGAGAGGAACAAGGAGCUGGAGGAGUCUCUGCAGCAGAUGUACUCCACCAAUGAGGAGCAAGUGCAGGAGAUCGAGUACCUAACCAAGCAGCUGGACACACUGCGGCACAUGAAUGAGCAGCAUGCCAAAGUGUACGAGCAGCUGGACCUGACAGCCCGAGACCUGGAGCUGACCAACCAGAAGCUGGUGCUGGAGAGUAAGGCUGCCCAGCAGAAGAUCCAUGGGCUGACAGAGACCAUCGAGCGCCUGCAGGCCCAGGUGGAGGAGCUGCAGGCCCAGGUGGAGCAGCUGCGGGGCCUGGAGCAGCUGCGGGUGCGCCGAGAGAAGCGGGAGCGCAGACGCACCGUCCACACCUUCCCCUGCCUCAGGGAGCUGUGCACCAGCCCCCGGUGUGAGGAUGCCUUCCGCCUGCACAGUUCCUCCUUGGAGCUGGGCCCGCGGCCCCUGGAGCAGGAGAACGAGCGACUGCAGACCUUGGUGGGUGUGCUGCGUUCCCAGGUGAGCCAGGAGCGGCAGCGCAAGGAGCGGGCGGAGCGCGAGUACGCGGCGGUGCUGCAGGAGUACUCGGAGCUGGAGCGGCAGCUGUGCGACAUGGAGGGCUGCCGCCUGCGCGUGCAGGAGCUGGAGGCCGAGCUGCUGGAGCUGCAGCAGAUGAAGCAGGCCAAGACCUACCUGCUGGGCCGGGAGGACCACCUGGCCGAGGCCCUGCUCGCGCCCCUCACCCAGGCCCCCGAGGCCGAUGACCCCCAGCCCGGCAGCGGGGACGACUCAGCUACCCAGGACGGCGUCUCCUCGCCGGCCGCCUCCCCGGGCCACGCUGUGCGCAAGAGCUGCAGCGACACCGCGCUCAACGCCAUCGUGGCCAAAGACCCCGCCAGCCGGCACGCGGGCAACCUCACGCUGCAUGCCAACAGCGUGCGCAAGCGCGGCAUGUCCAUCCUGCGGGAGGUGGACGAGCAGUACCACGCGCUGCUCGAGAAAUAUGAGGAGCUGCUGAGCAAGUGCCGGCAGCACGGCGCCGGGGUGCGGCAUGCCGGCGUGCAGACCUCGAGGCCCGUCUCCCGGGACAGCUCGUGGAGAGACCUUCGUGGGGGCGAGGAGGGUCAGGGGGAGGCCAAGGCAGGGGAGAAGAGCCUGAGCCAGCACGUGGAGGCGGUGGACAAGCGGCUGGAGCAGAGCCAGCCCGAGUACAAGGCGCUUUUCAAGGAGAUCUUUUCCAGGAUCCAGAAGACCAAGGCCGACAUCAAUGCCACCAAAGUCAAGACGCACAGCAGCAAGUGACCCUUUCCCCAAAGUCAAGACGCACAGCAGCAAGUGACCCUAUCCCCGCCUGCAGCCUCCUCCAGGGUCCGGCCACGGGGCCCCUCCUGCCUGGGCCAUGCAGCCUCCGGUGAGGGAGGGAGCCCAUCAGCAGCAAUACGGCCCAGGGGAGGCUGCUCUCUGGCCCAGGGAGUGUGUGGGGGACGCAGCUUGUUCUCAGCUCAUUCGGGAGGUGGCCAACCUAUAACGCAUCUGGCCUCCCAGGACCCAGGACCCUCCUCCAUCCUGCGUCAGCCCAAAGACGCAGCUAAGAGUUGCAAAGCCAAACAUGUCCCCCACCCCACCCCCCAGGAUUCCCAGCUCCCCAGCCCUUGGCUUCCUGACCCUAGGCCUUGCUCACAGAUUUGUGGCCAAGCUUCUGAAAGCCAUUUUGGACCACUUGGCUUUUUUCUUUUUUUCUAAGUUUUUUUUGUUUGUUUGUUUUGUUUUUUGUUUUUUGUUUUGAGAGAUUUGCAAUGCAAGUUCUCCCUGACCCCUUGCCACAACUGAAAACACUUGAAGGGGGAUCCCAGAGCCAGCUGUUGCAGGUUCCAGGGGUCUCCUGGACCACCCACUGCUUCUCCCCGGCUGUGACGCGCUGUCAUUCCCUUAGCACCAGCUGUCCCACCCCCAGGGUCCUGACCAGGUCAGAGACGGCCCCUGCCAUGGAGAGCAGAAUGCCUCAGCCAGGCCUGGAGUGCCCCCCACUUCUCCCUGGAGACCCUCAGCCCACUGCAGAUCUGUAGCCAAUCAGAGGAGGGGAACAGGGAGCCCCUCGGCAGCCAUACAUGAACAGUGCACCCUGCUUCCCUCAGAGCCCGUCUCCUCGGGCUCCAGCCCUGGAAAUGCCUUCUGGCCAUUAAGCCUUCCAGGAGUCUGGGCGGUGGGGAGCCCCCAUCUCUGCACGCCACCUCUGACUCGCCAAGCUUGGCCUCUGCCUGCCCCCAUCUCAGGGACCAUGAUGUGUCUCAUUCACUCCCAUGCUCCCCACAGGCUGACCCCUCCUCAGAUCAUGCCUGCUACCCCCAGAAUGUCCCAGGAGUGUGCCACCAGCCAAUGGUCCCAGCAUCCGCCCCUGCCCCCCUUCAGUGGGGACUACCCAAUAUUCCCACUCUAUACUGAACAGUAUUGAAAUGGGACCUGGUGGAGAGCAUGUCUCCUCUCCCAUAGAAUGCCUGUUCUUAAGCUCUCACCUUUGUGGGGGGCUUUUGAGGACCCACCUGGGUCACAGGUUAAACCUUUUAUUAAGGCUUCAGAAAGUCCAGCUUCAGCUAAGAGAUGUCCAGGUCCCCAGCUUGCCCUGAGCAGUUUUUCAGGGUUUCCAGUUCCUUCUGCCACCCAUCCUGAGAUCCUAGAAAUUGGAGGAGCCACACAGCCCGGUGGAAGGGGGUAGCCCUGGCCUCUGUGCUGGCAACCCAGGAGGGACCUUCAUGCCUUAUCUGUUUCUAAGGGGUAAAGGGGUUUUCUUAACAAGCAUGCCCGACCUCCCUGGAGGCGCUACCCUGCUCUCUGGGCAGCACUGUGAUGAGCGCUGUCGGCUGGUCCUUCCGUUCACACAUCUUGGAACCCUUUGUCCUUUGGAGCUGGGCAGCCCCCAGCCCUCCGUGUGUCUCUGUCAUCUAGGGUGGAGGGGAUAGGGUGGGGGAAGGGCUCCUCCUGUUUGCUCCCCAGUUCUGUAGCGGCCGACCAGCGUCCCCUUUGAAGUAUACACGAGAGAAAUAUAUUUACAAAUGCUUUAUUCUCUUCUUUAAUAAAAAAUGCACCAGUAUUCUAAAAGCAGAA